AUGCCGGAGGAAGAGGUACCAGUGCUGAAGUGCCUCAGCUUCGUGGACACCCCUGGUGUCCUUAGCGGAGACAAGCAGCGCGUGGGUCGGAGCUACGACUUCGAGGGUGUCAUGGGCUGGUUUGCAGAAAAUGCAGACCUGGUCAUCGUGCUCUUUGAUCCCAACAAGCUGGACAUCAGCGAUGAGUUCCGGCGAUGUCUGGAAGCCUUGGGCAAGAAGAGUGAAAGCAAAGUUCGCUUUGUAUUGAACAAGGCCGAGAAGCUGGACCGGUUUGAGCUUGCACGUGUCUUCGGGGCGCUGAUGUGGUCGUUGUCCAAAGUGAUCAACACGCCAGAUUCCUGGCCAGCCUAA